AAGGAGAUAAAUACGCUUAAAGAGUUAUCGUCCCUAAAAAUUAAUCUUCUGUGCAGUGGAAACAAAAAUUCUCAUGUCAAAGAUGGCGGGAAGAAAAGUUUGUUGACACGAAAAUCGUAUUCCGGGGGCAGGUAAAAGCCUAACAAAAAAAGCGUCAUGGCUGCCCAGCCUGGUACAAUAAAACGCCUUGAUGAAGUGGUGGUCAACCGCAUUGCUGCCGGAGAAGUCAUCCAGCGGCCGGCCAACGCCCUCAAGGAAAUGAUAGAAAACAGUUUGGAUGCCAAGUCCUCUAACAUUCAGGUCACUGUCAAACAAGGUGGCCUGAAACUGCUACAGAUUCAGGAUAACGGCACAGGGAUCAGGAAAGAAGAUAUGGACAUUGUUUGUGAAAGAUUUACCACUAGUAAACUGCAGAAGUUUGAGGACUUGAACUCUAUCGCUACAUAUGGAUUUCGAGGCGAAGCAUUGGCCAGUAUUAGUCAUGUGGCACAUGUCACCAUAACAACCAAAACGACUGAUUCAAAAUGUGCUUUCAAAGGAAGUUAUGUGGAUGGUAAACUGAAAGAGCCAGUAAAACCAUGUGCAGGGAAUGUUGGGACUCAAAUUACAGUAGAGGAUUUGUUUUACAACAUCUCAACCAGAAGGAAAGCAUUUAAAAGUCCCUCAGAGGAACACUCCAAAAUAGCAGAGGUCGUCAGCAGGUAUGCUGUUCAUAAUUGCAAUGUUGGAUUCACUUUGAAAAAGCAAGGGGAGAACACUGCGGAUGUCCGGACACCAGCCAAAUCAAGUCAUGUAGACAACAUCAGAACUAUCUAUGGACCCAGCAUUGCCAAGGAGUUGUUGGAGGUUGAGCAUGAAGAUAAGAAGUUAUCCUUCAGUUGCCAUGGCUACGUAACCAAUGCCAAUUAUUCCAUGAAAAAAUGCAUCUUCCUCUUGUUCAUAAACCAUCGAUUGGUCGACUCGUCUUCACUUCGGAAAGCCUUAGACUCUGUUUACCAAGCCUAUCUCCCCAAAAAUAUGCAUCCUUUUAUCUAUCUCAGUAUAGAGAUAGCGCCACAGAAUAUAGAUGUGAAUGUGCAUCCUACAAAACAUGAGGUUCAUUUCCUCCAUGAGGACGCCAUUAUUUCCAGCAUCCAAGCCGCCAUUGAGACCAAACUACUGGGAGCCAACUCAAGUCGCACCUACUACACUCAGGCUCUCCUUCCUGGUGCACCAGUGUCUCUGGACAGUAAAGAGGAGGAUCCAAGCUCUUCCAAAUCUAGUGGUACAGGAGCUGAGAAGACGUAUGCUCAUCACAUGGUCAGAACAGACAGUAGAGAACAGAAGCUGGACGCCUUUGUGAAACCGGUCCCAUCCAGUUCCUCCGCAGACAGAACAAUUCAGCCAAUCAGGUCUGACUCUGCCCAACCAAUGGAAACAUCGACCAGUGACCAAACGAUGCAGAUGCCCAGCUGUGGAGUCCAACAGAAGAAGAGGCCUGUGAAGCUCACCAGUAUUUUGUCUCUUCAAGAGGAAGUCCAAGAAAGCAUGCAUAAAAAUUUAAGGGAAAUGUUCCAGUUUCACAAGUUUGUGGGGUGUGUGAACAAAGAGUUCUCCUUAAUGCAACAUCAGACAAAGCUCUACCUAGUCAACACAACUAAACUAAGCCGUGAGCUGUUUUAUCAGCUGAUGAUCUUUGACUUUGGAAAUUACGGAAUACUACGCCUGUCAGAGCCGGCCCCUAUAUAUGACCUUGCCCUGCUUGCCCUUGACCUUGAGGAGAGUGGAUGGGCCGAGGCUGACGGACCUAAGACUGACCUGGCCCAGUACAUUGUGGACUUCCUGAAGUCAAAGGCAGAGAUGCUGUCUGACUAUUUCUCCAUGGAGUUAGAUGAGGAUGGUAAUCUAUGUACUUUGCCACUUUUGCUGGAUCACUACAUCCCCAACAUGGAGGGACUGCCUAUGUUUGUACUUAGACUGGCUACGGAGGUUAACUGGGACAAAGAGAAGGAAUGUUUCCACACUUUUUGUAAGGAGACCAGUGAAUUUUACUGUUUCAAACCCAGUAUGUUUCAGGACCUCCAAAGUGAGACAGAGGGUUCAAAGGAUGGAGAGGUUUCUGAAGAGAAAACCUGGAAGUGGACAGUUGAACACACGCUGUUCAGUGCUUUCCGGAACUUUCUUUUCCCACCCAAGACAUUUGCUGAAGAUUCGAGUAUUUUACAAAUUGCCAAUUUACCAGAUCUAUAUAAAGUGUUUGAAAGAUGUUGAAAAUAAAAAAAACGAAAACCAAU